CGUCUUAGGUUAUUGCCGUGAAGUUGUUAGAGCAGGAAACUCAUAACAAAUAUGGUAUAGGCUGGUGUUAGAUCUCCGGAAUGAGGAAGCUUCGUAUCACCAAAGGAAAUCUGUCACAGUCAGUUGUGUCCGCCUGACCUGCACAGAUCUUCAUAGUUGCACGUUGAAGACAGACGUGAUACAUCGCGGUGUCUUUCUCAUCGCUUUCGUCUAUCAGAGCAUGACAGGUAUCCACACAAUCAUGGUGACACUCUGAUGGCGACAUCUAUAAAAAGAACGAAGUCUCGCGCUACAUUUGUAGAAAGAAGGAACAUGUGUCGUGUGGACAUGAGAAAUAUGGCAUCUGGAGAAGUCAGCUGGCCCAUACCCAUGAAGGCCAUCGGUGCCCAGAACCUACUGACGAUGCCAGGGGGAGUCACCAGCGCAGGAUACCUGCACAAGAGAGGAGGAAAACAACUGCAGCUCUUUAAGUGGCCCCUCAGAUAUGUUAUCAUACAUAAGGGAUGUGUGUACUACUUCAAAUCGAGCACCUCAGCCACUUCUCAAGGCGCCUUCUCACUAAACGGAUACAACAGGGUAAUGCGAGCAGCGGAGGAGACAACAUCUAACAAUGUAUUCCCCUUCAAGAUGGUCCAUAUCAGCAAAAAGCAUCGUACAUGGUACUUUUCUGCCGCAUCCGAAGAGGAGCGAAAGAAAUGGAUGCUAGCUCUAAGGAAAGAGAUUGACCACUACCAUGAGAAGAAGGAGGCUAUCACAGAUCUAAGUGAUAGUGGUUCUGAUGCUGACAGUUUCUAUGGAUCCGUGGAACGUCCUGUGGAUAUCAAAUACACACACAAUCCUGCAGAUGAUAGCUGGCAGGAUGAAGAUGAUGAUGAAGAUUAUAUUCAACCAGAUAUGAUCGAUGACAGUGCACCGAGCUAUCCACCACCACCAAUUCCAGCAGUACCAGAGAAUGAAGUCUCAGGAACACCAAAACCUCCCCCUCCUCCUCCAUCUCGACCACAAAGAAACAAUAUAAACAGUGUAAAACCUCCAGUCCCAUCCUUUCCACCUGCAUAUAAAGCUAAUGAUUUAAUACACAGAUCAACUGACAAAGCUGAAAACGACCCCAAGAAAGAUCCUAUGCGCUUCCCUAUCAAAAAACCACCUGUUUUACCACCACAACCAGUUCAACGGGUACAACCAAUAUCUUUCCAACCAAAAAGAGAAGUCAUAAGGAGUCAAACUGAGGAAACCUUUGGGAAUAAGCCCCCAUAUAUGCCGGGAAAUAACAUAAAAUUACACGACGAACUGGCUAACAGGUUCAGCAACGCAGCUCCUCCUGUACCCGAGAAGCCAAUGAAAAAUCCUAACCAUGUUGUGACUCCAUUACCACCAGCAAAACCAAACCCACCAGCCACUAAGACAAACACAGUGAACAAUUAUGUACCACCAGUUCCCCGAAAACCUAGAGAGUUAAGCGACUCCUUAAAGUCACCGGAGGAUUCAUCACCCACUGUACCAAAAUCUUUACCCAUCAAGCCACCUUCUAUAUUGAAACCUAUUCUUCCAAAGAUACAAGCAAGGAAACCAGAAUGUGACAGACCUGGAUUCUCACCAAUACUGUCACCGCCUGAUGGACAGAGUUUUAGAGACUUCACAAUGGAAUUGCCGGUCCGUCAAGGAAAACCAAAGAAAAUAAUGAAUGACAAAAGCGACAGCGAUGAGGACUACGAAAAGGUUCCUCUGCCCGCUACUGUUUUUGUUGAUACCUAUGAUUCUAUAGAUGUGGAAAGGAUGUUCAAAGCUAUGGAGGCCAGAGGAAGCCCCCCUAAUGGACUCUUCUGCAUCAGAAACUCUGCAAAGGCCGGAAAGGUCCUUGUUGUAUGGGAUAAAUUGGAAUCAAAAGUAAGAAACUACCGAAUUUUUGAAAAGGACACCUGCGUUUACCUUGAGUCAGAAAGCUUAUUUCCAGACCUUGCUUCUUUGGUUGAACACUACUAUAGUAACACCUUACCCAGUCAUGACAGACUUGUUCUCAAAUACGCCUAUGGAUCCCCAAAUACGCCCAGGUGACAAGAUUGAGGAUUCUGGAUUUUGGUUUGCAUGCACCAUAUUGAAAUUAAAGCCUAUGGACAUGGACAUGCUUUUGGGUUCACUAAGACAUAUGGUUAAAACACAUCAUAGCAAGUGUGUACCAGCAGGGUCCCCUUGUCCACUUUCAAGGACAACAAAUGUUCAAGGAUUUAGCUGUGAACAUAUGGUCCUAAGAACUUCUAUUUGUCCUAAUAAUAGCCAACUCCUGCCAUGACUACUUCCUUGCUGUGUGCUACAUCCUUCCAAUGGGAAGAAAAAGACAGAGGCACACGUAAUGGAAGAAUCAGAAAAGACGGAAUCUGAAGAGAAGAUCUUCACUCAGAAGACAGGGAGAAGUGAUCAAUGGAAUAGAUUGUAGAAACAAUAUUCCGUAUAUCUCUUGCCGUUACACAUUGAAGCCAUUCACGUCGCUGAUGAGCAUGUUCUAAUGAGGAAACGGGCUUUCGGUUGGAAUGGUUAAUCCUAAUGUAUUGGUUCCAUAACUGAGUUCUGAAAAUUUUAAGGAUAUUUCACAAACUAAGUAUUUCAUUAUUGCAAAUGUUAAAGACUAUGUUGACUGUCGCAGUUGUUUUUAUUGCUCGAAUGUAACUCCAUUAUACCAAAUAUUGACAAUAGUUUUGGUUUAAUAAAAACAUUCUACAGGUCUGUGUAUACAGCUCCCAUACAGGCCUAUGUAUCCCCAUGGUUAUAGACUACAAACAGACUCUAAAUUGAUCCUACAGUCACAUGUUACGCUUUUCUAUCUAUAGAAUAAUCAGAUUAUAGGUUGGUAUAGUUUCAGAAUAUAACCAUGGAGAUACAUAGGUUGGUA